AUGUUUGUAUAUACUGGCAAAUGGGGAACUUGGUUUACACUGGUACUGGUGCAGUUGGCGAUUAUGCUUGGAUUUGCUUGCCGCGUGUCUGAGUUCCCUUGCAAAGGUAACAACAACAUUUGCAUACCAUUGGACAAAUUCUGUGAUGGUCGAGCAGAUUGUGAAGAUAGCAGCGAUGAGCCAAAACAUUGCUCAGUUUGCAACCGAACUUAUUAUGGUGAUGUUGGCCGCACCUAUACAUUAAAAGUGCCAACACCACAAUGGAAUCGACUGCCUUUUUUGUGUCACUUAACUUUCACAGCUUCUGGGCGUGAACAGGGCGAUAUUGUGCAAAUUAUUUUCGAUAGUUUCACGGUGGGUCGUUUUGAUGAAGGAAUGGUCGACUCGGAUGUUGAUGGUUACGAAAGCAAUGUCAAUCCUGCUGGAGAGUUACCAGGAUGCCCUGAGGGCUUUAUGCAGUUAAGCGAAUUGGGGCGGCCUUUUACAGGAGGAUCCUGGUGCGGGAAAGCCACUGGACCUCAACUGUAUUUUAGUGAAACGUCAACAGUAACUGCGUCUGUAAAAGUAUUUCAUCCGCCCAAAAAUAUCCACGACGAAAAACCAUUUGAAUUCAAAAUACGAUACAAAUUUAUCAGUCAAACUGAUGCUGUAGUCAGAUACGGUUUACCCGACAAGCCACUGGAAUUGGGGCGAGUUACACCUGGCACUUAUUGUACACGUCAGUUUGAUGAAUGCUAUCGAAAUAAGUGCCAUCUACAGAGCCCUAAUUAUCCGGGCAUGUAUCCGAGAAAUGUAACCUGUUAUUGGACCAUACGACAAAAAGAGGUGCCGACUAGUAAACAUGCAAUGAUCGCCGUUAGUCAAGAGAAUCAACACAAAGCUCUAGUGAAAAGGUCGAUUGCAAGUUUCAACAAAACUUCGCGCUCCAUUCGCGCGUGGUCAGACUGUACAGGAGAACGCGAUCAUUUAAUUUUCUAUGACGGCAGUUCAACGAACGAUCCAGUAUUGGCAAAAUACUGCGGAGGUGACUGGUUACCACGAGUGGUAUCGCGAGGCCCGGAAAUGUUGGUAGCAUUCCAUUCUAGCCCGUUUUCAGCGCCAUUACAACAAGGAGUUCCAAAUCGUGGUUUUGAACUUGAUGUCGAUAUCAUAUUUACAGAUUCUGAUUCAUAUGACUUCGCACAAGGGACAAAAAACUCUUGCGAAUUCCAUAUUAAUGCAACAAAUCCGGACGACGUAUUAUUUUCGCGAAGAGGACGAAUGGGUCGUAUUGUAAGCCCUCGACAUACUCUACCUCCGAACACAACUUGCACAUACCACUUCCAUGGUUAUCCUGGUGAUCUGAUUUGGCUAUCCUUCACAAGCUACAACCUGCAGAUAUUACAGCAAACCAUUCAUGACAACAAUACACUAGGCAGAGCUGACUUACCUCCUUGGAUAACGCGUCUCAGAAUGUGGGACAGUUACGGCACAUAUGUUUCGUCAAAAACAACCACAACGACAGGGCAACCGCCAUCACCGCCACCAGUGGCAUCUUCUGCUUCCGGAAGCAAGCCAACAACAGUUAACCAAAGCGUUUAUGGCAAUUACUAUUAUAGCCCGCAAAAUCCUAAAUUGAAUAAAAAUUUACGCGUUAACAUUGAUAAUGCAUGGAAUCCAGUCGAUACUUACAUUUACGGUCCAACGCAAUCGAGCAUAUUUAAUAAUGAAAAUAAGUAUAGUGGUUAUCAACAAGCAGGAGCGGGUACAGGUGGCAAACAAAGCGGUGGUGUCAUCAAUAGUGGCAUAAGCGGCAUCAAGGAGAGUCUAAAUUAUAUUUCCGGUGGUAGUAAAAGUAGCAAAGACUCGACUUCAGCCGAAAAGAGUUCUGUUUCGUUGAUGAGCUCAAAAGGCAAGCGCAGAUUGAUGUUGGAAAUAUAUGAUUAUGAAACACCUAAAUUAUGCGAUCACACUGCCAUCAGUAACAAUGCAUUGGGUUACAAUAAGCUGAGACCUUGCAGCCCAUUGGAGAGCUAUGUCAGUUCCGGUCGCGAUUUGAAAUUAGAGUUUCACACUCACACUGGUACUGCGCUUUUCCCAGCUCAAUUUUCACUCAAUUAUGAGUUUGCCGAUACAGAACAGGGAGGUGAACCAUGGCCCGGACGGAGAGGAGAAGAUCCUGUUCCAUUACUUUGUUCGCGGGUAUUUCGAAAGCGUAAAGGCAACAUCCAAGUACCACGAAAUGUAUUUCUUUAUGGCAGAGGUGGCGCAAAGAAUCUCACAUGUUUGUAUCGAUUUGAGGCCGGCUCGUCGGAACGUGUUCGAUUAGCUUUGCAUAAUGUUACGUUUGGCGAGGGUACAGCAUGUACAACUGACCCCGACCUACAUACCGGGCGACCGCGUUGUAAUCAACUCGACCCAGAAGGACGUAUUACGGAAUUGCGUCUGUUCGAUGUGCCAUUUCGCGAUGUGAAAAUACAACUGGGUUGUUUUUGUGACAACUCGAGUACACUUUAUAGUAAUGCGCCAUUAACCUUUAUAUCCAAUUCACGUGUCAUGGAGCUAUCAUUCACUGUGACUCGUCUAAAUAUAUCGGAAGAUUUUGCAGAUGUUUACUUUUUCGCUUCUUAUGAAUUUAAAAGAGUCAGUGAGUGUCGUAAACGACUUAAACUGAAAGGCGCUGGCGGUGAAGAUGAAAUAAAAUAUCCUAUGAAAUCACAAGAUUCUAGUUGUGAAGGUCUAUCCUGGUGCAUUGAAGCGCAAACAUUGGAACACUCGUUAUUCGUGCAGACAUGGGGCUCUUAUUUGCCCACAGAUCCUACUUCAGAGGACGCUAUGCGUUGUCAUACGAAAAACCGUUUAAUCAUAUAUGCGGGUCGACCGCUAAAGGUAAUGCGCGUUAUAUGUCCGGCGCAGAGCGGACCGAGACCGACAUCAUUGCAUAUAUUUUCGGAGGAUUGGACAAAUGGUCAGCCAUUAUUUUCCAAUAAGCCUGUCAGCUUAGUUUUGGAACCAAUACUAAAAGAACCCGGUGAUAUCGCCUUCACAUGGUUGGAAAUAUAUCGCACUCGGAAUUCCUUAAUUCAACAGCUAGACCUACAAAGCAACACCAGCGUUAUGACUGGCGGUACUGCUGGUGGUAAUGACACACUAACCGAUAUCGGAUUCUAUCCAAAGGAGUCUGAUUGCGAAUAUAAAUGCCCCGAGUUGGAUGCGUGUAUUGCGGGGAACCUGUGGUGUGACGGUCACAAUAACUGCCCAUCAGGAUUUGAUGAAUCUGAACAGGAGUGCGGUUCCGCGCGCAAACUACUUGAACUGCCUGGAGGUGUAUUUGCAGCGCUUGGCUGUAUAGCGGCGGCCGUUACUGCCUGCCUCAUAUUCUGUAUUUUUGGUUUAUUGAGGAAACGUAAAAAAACUGUUGGCCAAAAGAUUACCAUAAAUGGUACACUCAAAAAGGACUUCAACAAGGAGUCACUGUUUAUUGAUCCAGCCUCUUGACACGGGCUACAGCCGGUCGAGUAUAUACAUGUCGAUCGGGAAACGACUGUGUGAUAUGUUGCCGUUAAAUUUUAGUGCUGCUAUUGCUGUCGCUUUAACAUUACUCCAACGAGUACGGAAGAGGCAUACGCUAAGGAUUUAUCGAUCCAGCAUGCAUGACCGAGUAUGUGUAUUGUGUGCCCUAAUUAAAUGAUAUACCAUACCUAUAUAUAAGGAAUUUUUCUAAGCGCUUGUUUUCAAAAUACAACAAUUAAAAGGACAACAACAAAGAAAACAGUUGGAAAUCAGCAAACGCAGAUAAGCAAAAUUAAGAUAAGAAAACGAUACAAUCACUGCCUUUCCGUGAUUAAAUUUUCAAACAGAAUCAAAGAUUAAUUACACUGUGCGACAAAAAAGACCACUAAGGAUCGAAAUGAGUUACACGUUUGAUAGGAGAAGUCUUACAGAGUACUGUGUCCAAAACUGUUGAAGGUAUCUUCCAAACUGUUUAGUUUUUUACUUUUAACCUUUCCAUAACUUUAAGUAACAAGGUAAAAUUAUACAUUGCUUAUAUUUAAUCUGAGAGUUGUCACUGACCUACAUAUCUAAUCUUUAUUAUAACGAGAAGACCGUCGGAUCUGUAUGUAUGUAUAAUCAAAAUAUGUACUCAUACUCCUAUUAUCGGUGGCCGCUGUAGCCGAAUGAGUUGGUGCGUGACUGCCAUUCGAAGGUGCGUAGGUUCGAAUUUCCGUGAAUGAGAGCUCAAAUGAUAGAAAAGGUUUUUUUAAUAGCGGUCAAAUCUCGGCAUGUAAUGGCAAACAUCCGUGUGUAUUUCUGCCGUGAAAAAGCUUUUCAUAAGAAAUAUCUGCCGUUCAGAGUCGGCUUGAAACUGUAGGUUCCUCCAUUUGUGGAAAACAUCAAGAUCCGCGCCACAAAUAAGCGGAGUAUCUGGUUAAAUACCCAAAAAGUGACAGUAGCUUUAUGGCUCCUUAAAAUUUGUUACGUCUAUAUGAGGUAAUCAACUCCUUCAAACAUACGUACCAUCGCCAUAAGAGACAAGUGAAGGAAUGAAAAGAAAGAAUAUACGGGGAAAAAGUUAUAGCCGAGAAAAGAAGAAACGGAAAGUACUACUCAGGCGAUGGCUAACUCCGCAGUGUGUUUCUGCCAUGAAAAAUCUGCUCAUAAGUAACCAUCUGCCAUUCGGAGGCGGCAUAAAACCGUAGGUUCCGCCAUUUGUGGAAAACAUCAAGACGCACACCACAAAUAAGGAAAGUUCUUAAAAAGUAAGAUCUACAAUCAAUGAGGGACACCUACGUAGGCUUAAUAGAUUCUAGAAAAGCAAGUCAAUAUGCUAUGAACUGAGUCCUGGGUCUGCUUAGUUUGUUUUGAUCUCAUAAGGUCGGUUUUCAAUGUAAUGAAUUUACUCCUACCCCCCUUGUAUAUACAUAUAAUUGGAAAAUAUGUACAUCUAUUAUUAGUUUUUUGACUGAGCUUCUCAUUCAAUUCAGGGAGCGUAGCUUGGCAAUGUCCCACAAAUGGAGAAGCCUGCAGUAUUCGAAAUACUUGUAGAGUAGAGUGAGGAGUUCACGAAACAGAGCAACUGCCCUGGCAAGAAUUUAA